CACCGCCGCAUUAGGUAAGUGUGUCCCAAUCUCUUAAAAUACAUCUGGUCACAUUUCAAUCGUAAGAAACGAACGAAUGUAGAAUCAACUAUUAUGAUAAGAAGUUUAUUUUUGUAACGUGGUGUAAAUAUUCCGAUACAAGCCAUAGAUCAUAUUUAUACUGCCAGAAAAUUUAAGACUCUUUACUAACGAGAUGAACACUUCUUUAAGGCGUCAGGUGUUGGAGUGUUUUAAACGUCUUCACAGAACCCGGGAAAUGGUGUUUCGAGACGACAGUUUUGCCCUUCAAGCUGCGAGGAGCAGAAUUAAUGAAGAGUACAAAAAGAACAAACACAUUACAAAUGCAGAAGCAAUACAUGAGAUGAUAAAACUUUCUAAAGCUGUGGAAGAAGAGUUAAAAACAUCUGUAGUGCAAGCAUGUGAGGUUGAACAUGGAAAAUAUGAGUUGCGAAUACUGCCAGACACAAAAAAAAUUGACAAUAUUCCAUUUCAGGAUUGUAAAAAUUAAUCAUGAACAUUUGUUAGUUAGUGUAGAGUACAAGAGGACACAGUGCAGAUUGUACCAGGAUAAGUACAAAUAUUAUGUACAUAUGUUUAUUAAGCAGUUUGUAAAAUUAAUCACUGAGACUGACCUUGUAUGGCUGUAUGUCACAUUUCAUAUUCAGAGACCCUUUACCUUGUUUAAUUUGCAUGAAUAGAUGUUAUUUGUGCAAUAUGUUCCAAUGUCAUCACUUUUAUAAGGUAAAGGUGAGGGUAAAGUUCGCUGUGAAGUCAUAUAAGGCGUAUGGAAACAAAACUCCAAAUAUGGUUUACCAUGCCAUUAACUGAGGAUAGGAGGUAGUAACUGUACUAAAAUUGCUUUAACUACUGCUUAAAUGUACCUGGCUUUGAUAGACAGAUUUCAGUACAUAUUCUUCAAAUGACUGAAUCAACUUUGC